CGAGGUCACACUGGAUAACGCCGCCGCUACGACUGGACCCCCCACCCUUCCACAAACCAACACAAAAAAUGUUUACAAUAAAUGCUCCCGAAGAAGAAAACUGCAAAGAGACACAGCUGGACAUAUUGUUAAAAAUUAGCUCAGGCGAAUACAUUCUGCAGAAGAAGAAAAGACGCAGCUCGGUUUGGAAUGUUUACCGGGAGAUUGUACGUUCCGAUGGCUCAAGGCUGAAAUGGCGUUAUUAUUGCAUGGGCUGCGAGCGGGUAAUGCAGUCCACCGGUGGAACCACAUCUAAUCUCCGCAUACACAAAUGUCAUGUCCGCUACCUGAAGGAAAACGGAAAUUUAUCUGCGGACGAUGCGCCGAGUCCAGGCACCGACUCCGAGAACCUUCCAAAUCGUAUUGAAAACGAAAGGUUGGCCCCAAACAAGGUUGAAUCCGAUGGAACAAACCGACAACUGACCUACGCCGACCAAUGCGAAGAAUACUAUGAGGAUAAGCGGGCACCCAAAAGACAGUACAAAGCGAUGGGCGUGGAGUUGUGCAAUAUUGAUGAGUCAGAAACCAUCGAAGAAGUUCAGGAGACGGAUAUAGUUCUUGGAUUGGACUCCACUAAUACGCGGCCGUUGCUGAAAUUGUUUUCUGAAGACUCAUGUUCGGUGGAAACGGAGGAGCAGUGCCCCAUUGUGCUGGACAACGUGGUCAGUCCUCAAGCAGACUUCAAACGAGAGAAACUCCAGCCAAGUAAAACAACCUGCGCCCAGAUGGAUCCCAGUGCCCUAGCCGAGGCCGAGAGUUACGCACGUGCGUGGGCUCAUGCAUUUCUCAAGCUAAGCGAGGAUCAAAAGUUCUAUGCGAAGCGCUCCAUUGAUGAGCUGCUUGUGCUGGGUCGCCUGGAGAGAUUGAACAUAUCCACCGUCACAUCGCUGACGACAAACUUGUAAAUUUGUCAACACCUUAGAGCCAAAUUGCUGCCUAACUACAUUUUGAAUGCACGCGAAGAUGUUACGUUCCUGUGACAGGUAGAUUUUACACUGUGCCAAUAGUAAUUCAAUUUUAAAUCAUGGCUUGGGGAUGGUUGGGAUAUUUAUCGCAUUAAAAAUAACAUUUUUAAAGAUAGCCAGACCAAAAUAAUAAUUAUACAAAGC